GUAAUAUUGCUGCCUGUUGGACAGUGAUGCUUGGUAUAUGACAUCUUCUUCAAGUAUAAUCCUUCUUCCCAAACCGAAUCUUGGACUUGUCGCUUGCUGAUCCAACUGGGCCAUUGCCUCAGUCCAACACAAGAUAACGGAGUCCGUCCAUACAUGGUUCCUACGACGCCAGCAACUCCGAUAACGAAGUUAGCCACGGGCGAUCUACUGAAAAACUGGCUCCAUGGGUUCAUAUACGGCCGCCGAGGCUGGCCUCUUAAAGACGAAGUUACAAACACUGAACGAUGCUCUGAUCCGGACUCCCUUUGAUGAGCACAAGCUUCUAAACUUCGAUGAGAUGUUAGAAAAGGUCACGCUUUCCACUUGUGUUGAGAGCUCCGAGGAACUUUACCUUGUCACUAAGAAAUUGUUACGGCCCGAAGAGAUUCCCAAUGUAUAUGUCAGAGCAUACACAGAGAUACUCUGCUCGCGUCACUUCACCAACGUAUACCUCCCAAGACCUCCAAUCGGAGCCAAGACCAUCGCUAACAGGUUUGCUCCUACGUUCUCCUCCAUCAACACCGCAAUACCCGCACUCGACGUUAUUUGUGAAACAUCACUCGACGAAUUGUUUCGAAAUGCAGAACAGAAUCUCAAACCCUUUCCGUUCCUCCAGCUACCAUCUGAACUUCGCCUUCAAGUAUACGACUACCUUGUACCAUAUGUGCCUUACAUUCCGACAUCCUCUCGGAAAUUUCCUAGGAGGGACGGCUCAUUACCAGAAAAUCUGAGCAUAAUGCGUACGAACAAACAGAUCUACGAGGAGGUUGACGACCACUGCUUCAACCGAAGCGUUCUCUUAAUCAAGGCCAGCAGGGUCACAACCUCCGCAGCAACACAGCACCACUUUGCAACCGACACCGAACAGGACUACGCAGAUCGAUACACAAGCCUUUCAUACUCUAGGAUCGGACGUCGAAUCACGCAGCUCGAGAUCCAGAUCCUCCCUACCGAAGAGUCUCGCAAGGAUUCACUCCGCGAUUCCUGGCAAAUGGCAGACAAAGCCUCUCUGCGACAGAUCUGCUCUUCUCUGCCCAAUCUCAAGACGAUACUCAUUUCAUACCCUAAAGUGGACCCAGACACAACUUCCCGGAUAGAAAAACUAUGGGAACGCGUCAAUCCAAACCUGAAAACAAGCCCAAAGGAUCACAACCAAAAAGUGACGCUCGAAUGGAUCCGACAUCAGCUUUGGCUGAAUCCGUGCACCCCGCCUUAUCUUUUGUGGGACUUGACUUGUUUUCCUGAGUCGGUUUCGGAUCUGGAACAUCUUAGGCGAGCCAUUUAUUCGCAGACGAUGAUGAAAGAAAGUAUCAAGCUAUCUGGACGUCUGGAUCAAGCGCACAGUGUGGCUAGCUCGAAGGCCGACUUGCAGAGGUGGACUGAUAUGAGACAAGCAGUCUUCCAAGCUUUAAACAGUAACCAAAAUCCCAAAUCUUGAUUUAUUAGGGAAGAUUCGGGGUCAGGACUAGACAAAGGAAUGAAACAAG